AUGGAGGAGUACUUUUCUUUUCCAGUUCCAGAAGAGGACUUCGCGUGCAUUGACACUCUUAAUAGAGAUCAACGACAUGCGUACAACAUAAUUAUGGAUGCUGUAAUUUCAAAAACAGGUGGAGAUUUUUUCGUUGAUGGUCCAGGAGGUACUGGCAAAACAUUCUUAUACAGAGCACUCUUUGCAAUUGUAAAAGGAAGUGCUGAAAUUGUCGUUCAAACACCAACAUCUGGAAUUGCAGCGACAUUAUUGCGUCAAGGAAGAACAUCACACUCAACUUUUCAGCUCCUAUUACAACCUGAUAGCAACUCAACUUGCUCAUUCACCAAGCUUUCCAAAACUGCCACUUUACUAAAGCACUCUGCCAUAACUAUAUGGGAUGAGGCUCCAAUGACACACAAAUAUCAUUUUGAAGUCGUUGAUCGUUCGCUGAAAGACUUAAUGGAAAAUGACUUUUUCAUUUGGAGGAAAAAUUAUUGCCUUUGGUGGUGA